GCAGGACCUGCAGUGUGGUCAGGGGCGGAGCCGCUGCCGGAGGCCCAGUCGGGGCGGCGAUGGCGGCGGCAGCUGUGGUGGCGGCGACGGUCCCCGCGACGGCGAUGGGCGCUGACGGCGCGUCCUCGGUGCACUGGUUCCGCAAAGGGCUGCGGCUCCACGACAACCCCGCGCUGCUGGCGGCCGUGCGCGGAGCGCGCUGUGUGCGCUGCGUCUACAUCCUGGACCCGUGGUUCGCGGCCUCCUCGUCUGUGGGCAUCAAUCGAUGGAGGUUCCUAUUGCAAUCUCUGGAAGAUCUGGACACAAGCUUAAGAAAGCUGAACUCCCGUCUGUUUGUUGUCCGGGGACAGCCAGCUGAUGUGUUUCCAAGGCUCUUCAAGGAAUGGGGGGUGACCCGCUUGACCUUUGAAUAUGACUCUGAACCCUUUGGGAAAGAACGGGAUGCAGCCAUUAUGAAGAUGGCCAAAGAGGCUGGUGUCGAGGUGGUGACUGAAAACUCUCACACCCUCUAUGACCUGGAUAGAAUCAUCGAACUGAACGGGCAGAAACCGCCCCUUACCUACAAGCGCUUUCAGGCCAUCAUCAGCCGCAUGGAGCUGCCCAAGAAGCCAGUGGGCGCUGUGACCAGCCAGCAGAUGGAGAACUGCAGGGCUGAGAUCCAGGAGAACCAUGAUGACACCUAUGGCGUGCCUUCCCUAGAGGAGCUGGGGUUCCCCACGGAGGGACUUGGCCCAGCCGUCUGGCAAGGAGGAGAGACAGAAGCUCUGGCCCGCCUGGAUAAGCACUUGGAACGGAAGGCCUGGGUGGCCAACUAUGAGAGACCUCGGAUGAAUGCCAAUUCCUUGCUGGCCAGCCCCACGGGCCUCAGCCCCUACCUGCGCUUCGGAUGCCUCUCCUGCCGCCUCUUCUACUACCGCCUCUGGGACUUGUAUAAGAAGGUGAAGAGAAACAGCACACCCCCCCUCUCCUUGUUUGGACAACUCCUGUGGCGAGAGUUCUUCUACACAGCGGCCACCAACAACCCCAGGUUUGACCGAAUGGAGGGGAAUCCCAUCUGCAUCCAGAUCCCCUGGGACCGCAACCCUGAAGCCCUGGCCAAGUGGGCCGAGGGCAAGACGGGCUUCCCUUGGAUUGACGCCAUCAUGACCCAACUGAGGCAGGAGGGCUGGAUCCACCACCUGGCCCGGCACGCUGUGGCCUGCUUCCUCACCCGAGGGGACCUCUGGGUCAGCUGGGAGAGCGGGGUCCGGGUAUUUGAUGAGCUGCUCCUGGAUGCAGAUUUCAGCGUGAACGCGGGCAGCUGGAUGUGGCUGUCCUGCAGUGCUUUCUUCCAACAGUUCUUCCACUGCUACUGCCCUGUGGGCUUCGGCCGCCGCACAGACCCAAGUGGAGACUACAUUCGGAGAUACCUGCCCAAAUUGAAAGGGUUCCCCUCUCGCUACAUCUAUGAGCCCUGGAAUGCCCCUGAGUCAGUUCAGAAGGCCGCCAAGUGCAUCAUUGGCGUGGACUACCCUCGGCCCAUCGUCAACCAUGCUGAGACUAGUCGGCUCAACAUUGAGCGCAUGAAGCAGAUCUACCAGCAGCUGUCACGAUACCGGGGACUCUGUCUUCUGGCAUCUGUCCCUUCCUGUGUGGAAGACCUCAGUCACCCUGUGGCAGAGCCCAGCUCUAGCCAGGCUGGGAGCAUCAGCAACAUGAGCUCCAAACCGCUGUGCAGUGGCCCAGCUUCCCCAAAACGCAAGCUAGAAGCAGCUGAGGAGCCUCCCGGUGAAGAACUGAGCAAGCGGGCUAGGGUGACAGAGAUGCCUGCCCAAGAGCCAUCAAGCAAGGAUGCCUGAGACUGGAGAGCCAUCGCUCCAUGACAAAGCCCGGGUGCCUGAGCUGCCACGGCCUACAGAGAAGCCAGUCACCAACAGACAGCGAACGAGUGUGUGUGUGUGUGCAGAGGAAGGCGUGGUGUGCCAUUUGCGUGUGCAUGCAUCUGUUUACACUCUCGUGACCUUGAAUGUUGCCUGGGCUGGAGGAGUCUCUGGAUCAUCCUUGUCACCAGGGCUGCUUCCUCAACUCCAGACACAGGACAAGAAACCACAGCAGUGACCUUCAGCCCAAAUCUGUCCCUGGGAGCCCCCUUCCUUGUCCCAGUAGAGCGUGGUGGUAGGACUCUAGCUGGGGUUCUGGUCUCUGCUUCCCCAGACUCCUCUUCCUCCCUCCUCUCUUCAGACAGCUGAAGAGAGGGCCACAUUUUUUCACUCUCACCUCAAGAGUCCUGCUGGCUUAGUUCCUACUUUUUGACACUAGAACCUAAGCAGGCUGGAAUAGAUGCUUCCCAUUCAGACUUAACCAGCUUAGCCAGUCUUUUAAAAUCCCAUGCCACUGGUGGGCUCUUCCUUCGAUGUCUAAGACUGCAGACUGGUGUGUUGUAUGCUCAGUCCUACCUAUGCCAGCCUCAGACAGCAUAUCUGUCUUUGUAGGACCUUCUAGAAGCCAAGUGAGGACUAGACUCCAGUCUUCUGUCCCUUCCCUCGCAGCUAGGGGCCAGCCUCAGCCUCCCAGGAGCUGUAGACAGGCCAGGAUCAGAGCUGGUGGAGGAAACCAGGUCCCAUGGCAUAAGGGCCCCUGGUCCUCUGGCCAUACUCUCAGGCACAUGCUCCAGCAAGUACUGCUGAUACUCAGCCAGGCAAGCUAGCCAGUCUGUGUUCCGCGGGCUUCCAGGGCCCACCCUGGGGCCCACCCUGGACUGAUCAGCACCCCUACUGCCGCGUCAGCUCUUCGGGACUGGGCUUCAAGGGACUCAGACAGAGGGACUGAGGUGUGGGGUCCUGCCUGGUGCAGUAGGUGAAAGGUCAAAUAGAAAUCACACCUGGCACACCAUCCCCUUCCCAGAGAGGCAGUAGAAGGUUUGGUCUAGAGAAGCCAAACCUUGCUUUCCAGGGGAGCCAUCUCUCCUUCCCACUGUUGGGUCAUGUGGAGAAAGAAGUUAUGAAAAGGAUUGUGGGUAACUGAGCAAGUCUUCCUUCCGCCCCUGUGGCCUGCACUUGAGCCACAGUGUAUGUGUGUGGAGUGAGUGCAGGGUGUGUGUGUGUGUGUGUGUGUGUGUGUGUGUGUGUGUGUGUGUGUUCCUGUUUGGAUUUUUGUUCUCACAUGUAACAUUAAGCUGGCCUUUGGGCCUUUUCCUCUCUACCUCCCCUGUGACCUUUCCUAGCCUCAGAGUUAUUAAUACCCUUGGCCCUGGCCUUCACUGUGUCAGACCAGAACCCUGGGGCCAGGCUCCCCUCUCCUCCAGCUGUCCAGCACAUCUGACAGGCUUCUUUUUGAGAUGGCCUCAGGGUUUCUCAUCAGAGAGCUGCCUUUAGUCCAACUGUUUAUGUCCAUCAUUCUGACUAGAGACAUCCUAUGAUCGUGUGGAGGAAUGGCAUGGGUGAUGUGUGUUCAGAACCCUAGGGUUUGGCCUUCUGCUCCCCAACCGCAGGCCAAGAGGAAAGAGGCCAGGCGAUCUUGCUGGAGGGAAAGCAGAGUGAGCCUGGAGAGCUGGUCUGAGAGGGUCAAAGGCUAGGUCUGGGUCCAGUAUUUAUUUGCAACACCUUCAGUUAUGGGGACAAUGCCCUUCUGUGCUUUUUUGAUGAUGGCUCUCUUCCCAAGGUACAAGUUGGCAAGAUCACCUGUCCCCCCACCUCCUUGACAUGCUGGCCCAUUUUCAAGACAGCUUUCCAGUGAAUGAGGCAGUCCACCCACCCCCAGAGCUACAGGAUGAACUGGCCAGGAGCCCUGGGGUGGCUUCGUGUCCUUUUGCCUAGCCUGAGUGGCUCUGAGGGCUGUCACGGAGCAGUGCCCCAUGUCCUGCUCCUGGGACCUAGCAUGGAGAAGAGGUGGUCGCAGGCAAGAAGCACUUUACAGAGCUCCCUGUUGCUGGGAAGGUGUUUCUCCCACAGUCUGUUUGUGAAUUUACCGUUUUAUAAAUGUCUGACCCUGUCUGAAUAAAGCUGUGUUGUGUAGUUGA